CCCCUCCAACAAGAGCCAGGACCAGGUCUGGUGUUCAAGGAACCAGCUUUAAAAGUCGUGGUUUCACUACUUUCGGUCUGGUUUUUCUGUGGCUUGUGGUUGGCUGAAACUUCCGGGCACUGCGCCGGUGAUGGAAUUAGAGUUCUCGCGCGGGGUUUUUGGCUGUUCGGGGACGCCGGCGGAUGAGCAUUGAGGCUCGUAUCGGGGUGUCGGAGGACGGAGGUUGUAGUUCGAUAUACAGGCCCUUGUUCUCUAGCGGGUACGGUGUAGAGGAAUUCAGACUUAACAAGGUUUUGCAAAAGCAUAGAUUGCACUUUCCACUUCUCUCCGUGUUUCAAUCCUCAAGCGCGGUCGACCGGAUCCUGGAUCCACCAGACGAGACAACUAUUGAUAACGGGAAGAGGGAGGGAUCAGCGUUGAUGUUCUCUGAUCGACUCCCAGGUCUAUCCUGCAGCCUCCGAGCUUCAUGGUGCUGCAGUGACAUUCUGUUCGUGCGCAGUCUGCCCACUCUCUCACGAUCGCAUGUCACUUGGAAGUGUGCAGCAAAGUGCAUCAAGGCCUGGUACGGGCGGGUAAGGCGUUCUUCGCGCUCCUUCGCGCUCCGCUGCACACUGUCGGCGGGUUUUGGGUGAGGUGGGGGAUAGAAGAGAUAGUCACACUGCUGAA